CCUCCCGCCGCCCCAGCCAGGGUGGUGCUUGUGUGGGAGGGACUUUAAAUCCAGCUGCCAGACCCCUGGACGGCAGAGGCAGAGAGGGCUGGCCACCAUGCACAGCUCCCGCAGCCUCCUGGCGCUUCUGCUCCCGCCACUGCUCUUGCUGGGGGCCGCCCCGGGUCCCGCCAGGGCCCUCAGUGAUGAGGAGAGACGCGUGAUGGUGGACCUGCACAACCUCUACCGGGCCCAGGCGGCCCCAGCCGCCGCCAACAUGCUGCAAAUGAGGUGGGACGCGGAGCUGGCCGCCUUCGCCAAGGCCUACGCCCAGCAGUGCGUGUGGGGCCACAACAAGGAGCGCGGGCGGCGCGGGGAGAACCUGUUCGCCAUCAUGGACGAGGGCGUGGACGUGCCGCUGGCCGUGAAGGAGUGGCACGUGGAGCGCGAGCACUACAACUUCAGCGCCGCCACCUGCGCGCGGGGCCAGAUGUGCGGCCACUACACGCAGGUGGUCUGGGCCAAGACAGAGAGGAUUGGCUGUGGCUCCCACUUCUGUGAGAAGCUCCAGGGCGUUGAGGAGACCAAUAUCCAUUUACUGGUUUGCAACUAUGAGCCCCCGGGGAACGUGAAGGGGCACAGGCCCUACCAGGAGGGGACUCCGUGUUCCCAAUGUCCCUCCGGGUACCGCUGUGAAAAUUCCCUCUGUGCAGAACCCAUGAGCAGCCCAGAGGAGUCUCAGGAGUUGCCUCACCUGGUAACUGAGACCUCAUCUUCCCUGGCAACUGAAGCCUCAGGCUCUAGGAAAGGGGGCAUCGCCUCUUCCCUAGCAACAGAAACUUCAUCCUUCUUGGUAACAGAGGUCUCAGGGCCCCUGGCAACCAAGGCUCUUCCUACUAUAGAGACCAAGGCCCCAUCUUCCUUAGCAACGGAAGGCCCAUCCUCCAUGGCAACUGAGGCUCCACCUUCCUUAACAACUGAGUUCCUUUCGAUUUUGGAAACUCACAGCCCGCUCUCCUUGGAUGAGGGAACAGCUACCUCCCCCCAAUCGACCCAUGAUCCCACCUCAAAAGGGGUGGACCAAGAGGCCAGCAAGACAGGAAUGCCCUCCAAGAGCCCAGAGAACUCUCUGCACCUCCAGGUGUCCCCGACAGGGACACAAGGGCUGCUACCCCACUCCCAGGAGGAGGGCAAGGCUGAGGCCAAGUUGCCUUCGUCCAGUGAGGUCUCGGCCUCAGUUUCUCCAGCCCAGGAGGAGCCAGAUAAGCUGCCGGCCACGCUGGACCACACGGACCGCAUCUUCAAGUCCCUGCCCAACUUUCCCAAUACAGCUGCCACCGCUAAUGCCAUGGGCGGGCGAACCCUGGCCCUGCAGUCAUCCUUGCCAGGUGCAGAGGACCCUGAACGGCCUGAAGUCUAUUCAGAGCUGGCCUCCAGCUCUGGUCACAUCUGGGGCCCUCUUCUGGCUCUGCUGCUACUGCCUCCCCUGGUGUUGGCUGGAAUCUUCUGAGGGGUCACUACUCAAAGGCAAGGCCUGGUGCGGGGACCCUGGCCUCAUGCCUACUCCGGAUCCUCCUCCUCCAAGAGGCCACAUCUUCCCAGGCAGGUCCUGCUCUGUGGCCCAGCAGCCGCCUCCAACCCAGCUUCUGGCACUGUCCCGGGAGCGCCUCUGCCUCGGGUGGUCCGCCCCUCAGCUAGCUGCAGACUGAGCAGUCUUCCCGCGGCUGUGGCCCUGCUGUUCUAGGGACAGAUCUCGGGGCUCUCCAGGAACCCCUUGGC